AUGUACAGAAUAGACGUUUCAGAUUUUUAUGACUUCCAAGCGUUCAGAAAUAUGUGUCCAUUUAGAGACUAUAACAAAGCAGUCGAGAAUUUGAAACGUUUAGUCAUUUAUGUUGACUCUGCCCCAGAAUGUUAUGUCAUGAAAGAAUGGGAUGUUGUCUUUAACAAACCAAGAGCAACAAUAGUUUCAGAACAAGAAUGUAGACAGAAACUUAAGAAAAUAAAAGUCGUACAAGUUGGCAUGAAGAUGUUAGAUGCUUGGGAUAUCUUAUUGUCAAAGUUAGAAGAUUUUUCAGUUCGAGGUAUAAAGUUCUAUACACCUUCUCCAAACUUCUAUUCUAUCUUCACUGGAUAUAAAUACGAACAAGUAGAAUGGAAAGAAAAUAUUAUAGAAGCUUGGUUAGACCAUGUCAAAGAAAUUAUAUGCAAUGGAAACGAAAAGGUUUAUGAGUAUAUCUUAUGUUGGUUUGCAAACAUCUUACAACAUCCAAGUGCUAAAAAUGAAACUGCUCUCAUUAUAAUUGGAAAACAAGGAACUGGUAAGAACACAUUCUUUACAGAUAUCUUAUGCAAACUGUUAGAAGGUUAUUCGAACCCUAAUAUGACAAACAUAGAAAACAUCUGUGGCAAGUUUAACUCCUCAAUAGAGAAUAUGAAACUUAUAGUUUGCAAUGAACUUCAAAGUAUAGAUACAACAAAAGUUUUAAACUCAGAUGCUUUGAAGAGUCUUAUAACAGAUAAAGUUGGAGUUGUUGA